CUUGUUUCGACUCCUGAAAUAUACGGGGGGCAUAUUUGGCACCCACAGCCGUCGUGGUAUGGGCGGAGUGUGGGGAUACGCACCCGCGGCAUGCCAACCAAGGACGAAUAUGCCUGGAGCAACCAGGGGCUCUCGGAAGCGCGCUACUCGCGCCAUCAUUGUCCCGGAUCCACGAGCAAGUCGCGUAGCCUGAACAACACACAGAUAGCCCAGCCAACCAUGGGCGACAAAACAUGAUGGCCACGAUAUCACGCCUGCACCGCAGGAAGGCUGGAUAUCGGUGCCUAUAUAGCCGCGCCCUCGCACCUCACUCGUCGUCCCAAAAAGCUCGACUUGGCGCCAGGUUCGCACCCUGACAGUUGCUGUUGCGCCACCCCUUCCUACCGGCACCCAAGAAAAGCAACCAGCCAUGUCUCCACGAGGCAAGAUCGACCGCGUCCGCGCGCUCAUGCUCCUCGCCGCCGCGGGCCCCCUCGCCGCCGCCGCGCCGUGCGACAUCUACGCCGCGGGCAACACCCCCUGCGUCGCCGCGCACAGCACCACCCGGGCCCUGUACCGCGCCUACUCGGGCCCGCUGUACCAGCUGCAACGCCCCGACGGCGGCAGGAAGGACAUCUCCCCGCUGUCAGCGGGCGGCGUCGCCAACGCCGCGGCCCAAGACUCCUUUUGCGCCGGCACGAGCUGCCUCAUCUCGACCAUCUACGACCAGUCCGGCCGCGGCAACCACCUGACCCAGGCCCCUCCGGGGGGCUUUAAGGGCCCCGCGUCGGGCGGCUACGACAACCUCGCCAACGCGACCGCGGCGCCGGUGAAGGUCGGCGGCCACAAGGCCUACGGGGUCUACAUCGCGCCGGGUUGUGGCUACCGCAACAACAAGGCGAGUGGCACGGCCAAGGGCGACGGGGCGCAGGGCAUGUACGCGGUUCUGGACGGGACGCACCACAACGGCGGCUGCUGCUUCGACUACGGCAACGCCGAGACCAGCGGCCGCGACACGGGCAACGGCCACAUGGAAGCCAUCUACUUUGGCUCCAGCACUAGCUGGGGCAAGGGGGCCGGAUCGGGGCCCUGGAUCAUGGCGGACCUCGAGAACGGGCUCUUCUCGGGCGUAAACGUGAAGCAGAAUACGGGCGACCCGACCAUCAACCACAGGUUCGUCACGGCUGUCGUCAAGGGCGGGCCGAACAAGUGGGCCAUCCGGGGCGCCGACGCGACCGCGGGCGGGCUGUCGACUUUUUACAGCGGUAAACGGCCAAACGCGUCGGGCUACAACCCGAUGCAGAAGGAGGGCGCCAUCAUCCUCGGGAUCGGGGGCGACAACAGCAUCUCGGGCCGGGGCACGUUCUACGAGGGCGUCAUGACCGCGGGCUACCCUUCGGACGCCACUGAGAAUGCGGUGCAGGCAGACAUUGCUGCUGCCGGUUAUGCUGUUUGAACAUAUAGGAGUGGUAGUACCGAAUCGAGAAGUAUUAAUGGAAGGAAGCGUCGCCAGCACCGACAGGCCAGAUUCUCCCCCAGUGGCCGCGUUCCUUCGGGAUUUGAUAUGCAGCGAUAUCUAGAGUCCGAACUGAAUGCGAGCGGCCAGAUGCAUGCAAUGCCACCAGUGACCACCAAAAGAUAUAGGUCCUUGCGCAAUGCACCCUUAAACUCCACAAUCCCAGGCCGCGUCAUGAAUAUCAACGCAAGCUCCGACAGGCUUCGGAGCUGCCAACGCCCAAUGACUUCAGUCUAGCCUA